AUGAUGAAACGGAAAUGGGCUGGGAAAAGACAAGACCAAUCGGAGGACAAUAACAACAACAUAACAACACCUUCAUCAUCAUCUUCGGCUCAAUCAAUGGUUGGUUCCUCCAAUGAAGAGAUGAAACGGUCAAGAGUUUCAACUAUUUUGAGGCACUUGAUGCCGAAUGUGUUCAAAGUUCAAGAUUCCUUCACGAAUGUAAAGGCUCAUUCCGAAGCCCCAAACAAAGAUCGUGAUGAAGAGCAGGAUAAGAAGAGGAAACAAUUUUCAUCAUCCUUACGCACGAAGGAUCAAGAACCAAUCAUGAAUGAAGAAUUGAAACAAAAUAAUAAUCAGUGGAUUAAUUUUGAAGCAAAUAAUCGUGAGAACGCCGUUGAAAAUUUCGUAAAUCAACAAUCUCUCAGUGCUGAUGAUGUGAAUGAUGAAAAUAUAAUUUUACCUGUGAAGGCUCUCUUUCAUGCCAUGAAAAAUCCACAAAAUAGAAAAUCAUCUGAGAGUUUUUCAAAAUCCUUCCAGUCGUCCUAUCAAACGAUGAGUCAUGCUGAAGAGUUAAAUCGAAAGCAAAAUAAGUGGAAAAUAGGAUUUCCAGAUACAGAUGUAAAAGCAACUCUAUUUUCGAGAGAAAAUGAAAGAGUUUACACAAGUACAAAACCACUCGUGCCAAGAAGUGAGUUAGUGGAACAACCAAAAGGAGAUCCUCCAGAUAUUAGUAAGGUAUUUGGAAGUAAAAAAGGUCAAGGGGGACAUGUUUGCAUCGUGGGACCAACUGGAUCAGGAAAAUCCACAAUUGUGAGAGGAAUUCUUUGUCAAAUGUCUGCAGAAAAAGCACUGGCCAUUUAUUCUCUCGAAUAUCCUGUGGAAGUGAAUUUACAGACUCAUGGUUUAUUUAAUGUGUGUCAAAUUGACAUGUUUCAAGAGAUUCAAGGAAAACAGCGAUCUCUUGCUGAGACAGCCAACAAUCUCUUAAAACAUGAUCCAGAUAUUAUUUAUUUUGGAGAGUUGAGACAUAAAGUAGAUUUCGAAACUGCCACUUCUAUUGCUCUCAGCGGUGUUCAAGUGAUUAGUACGGGACAUGCCUCAUCACCGAUUGACUUGCUGGAGAGAUUGAGAUCCAUGAACAUUGAUUUAAAAACACAAUUCAGAGCUUUUAAAUGUAUUUUAGGAGUGAAACGUGUUCCUAUACUUUGUCCUCACUGUAAGCAACGAAUGGUCAUUUAUGGAAAAACUGAUAAUAGAGCACUGAAAUUAUUGACCAUGUACAGAGUAGUCACAACUGAGAAGGUUAAUCGAAGAAAAGAAGUUCCAGUUGUUUGCAUGCCACCAGAACCUUCCAAGAAUAAGGCUGACACAUGUCCUCAUUGUGUCAAUGGUUAUAUCAGUAACCACACGAUUUAUGAAUUUUUAUACAUUACUCCAGAGAGUGACAUGGAGACUCUUCGAAAAAAACACACCUACACCACAGAGGAAACGUUAUUAUCGCUGAUCAUGCAAGGAGAGGUGAAUCCAUUAUAUUUGCAAAAUAGUAUUCACUAA